AAACAAAAAAAAAAAAAACAAAUCCAAAACAAAAAAAAAAGCAACAAAUUCUUGUUGAGCUUUAAGCGCGGCUUGGCAACGGCUAAAGCUCCGGCUCCGGCUCAGGCUUAGGCUUAGGCUCAGGCGCGAAAGCUUCAGAGCGCGCGACGCGUAGCUCGGCUCGGCUCAGCUUGGCGACGGCUACGCUUCGCUUUGGCUUCGCUUACGUCCUAACGGUAAACAGUGCUUGCGUGGCCAGCGCUUAACUCAGACCCAAACGUUGCGUCGUGUCGCGUCGUUGUCUUUUGUCGUAGUCGUUGUCGUUGUCGCUGUCGUUGUCUUUUUCGUGCAUCUGGCAUCGCUGCUGGACAACGUUGCCAGCCAUCGGUCAUCGGUUAUCGGUCAUCUAAUUACGUUCAAUUACAUUUUGUUGCGCGGCGCAGACAAAACUUCCCGAUUAAUCAGUGAAAAACGAAAACAGUGUUUGAAAUAUUGUUAAAGUUAAUGCAUAUAUGAAAGCGUAUAUCUCUCUAGGAAGUUAGAUAGUUGGAGAGAUAUAGUUAAUUUGCCAAAAAGUCAACUUUUUUGGUCAAUCCAAAAAUAUAUAUAUAUAGAUAUAUUUGGCGUCCUGCAUUGCAGGACACUCGUUCAAAGUUGUCAAAGUAAGUGCUUCAAAAUUUACUCGCCAACGACAUUUGACGCCUCAAGGGCGUUCAAGCUGGAGGAGGAUUUCGUCGGCGGCUGCAUGACAAUGUCGAUGUAUUCGACGACGGAUAAAAUGAAAAUGUCAGCGCCCAGUUGUUUUCCAGGACGCUACAGUCCAUCCUAUCGAAGUUCGGAGCAAAUGCGGCGCUGUAUGCCAAAUCCAUCUAGUCGUUUAUUAGAAGAUGCUUCCCUAUUAUGCAAUUCGUGGUCAGCACGUCAGAAUGGUGAUAUUUUUGCGGGUAUCAACGACGGCAUACUCAGCAGAGCGGAAGCCCUCGCCGCCGUCGACAUACAGAAACACCAAGCCCAGCAUGUACAUAGCCAAAUGCCCUCCCAAAUCAAGCACGAUGUGAUGUACCAUCAUCAUACAAUGAGUGGCCCCCCGCAACGUCCAUUACAGAUGCACCAUUCAAUGGAUCAACUGGACAUGCUGGAUCCGACGGGCUCGAUGACAACGUUAGCCCCCAUAUCGGAGUCGCCCCUAACGCCAACACAUCAGCACCUGCACGGUUCCUAUCACAGUAUGAAUCACAUGAUGAGCCACCACCAUCCGGGCACGUUAAGUGGCCACACGGCGGGGCACCAUGGACACUCAGCGGUACAUCAUCCUGUCAUAACGGCGGCUGUGGCAGCCGCUGGCCUGCAUCCCGACACAGACACCGAUCCGCGCGAGCUCGAAGCGUUCGCGGAGCGCUUCAAGCAGCGUCGCAUUAAGCUGGGUGUCACACAAGCGGACGUGGGCAAGGCGUUGGCCAAUCUCAAGUUACCUGGCGUCGGUGCGCUGUCGCAGAGCACAAUCUGCAGAUUCGAAAGCCUGACGCUGUCCCACAACAACAUGAUCGCACUGAAGCCCAUACUGCAGGCGUGGCUGGAGGAGGCCGAGGCGCAGGCGAAAAACAAGCGACGGGAUCCAGAUGCGCCCAGUGUGCUGCCGGCGGGCGAAAAGAAAAGAAAAAGGACUUCCAUUGCGGCACCUGAAAAGCGUUCCCUGGAAGCCUAUUUCGCCGUCCAGCCGAGGCCGUCCGGUGAGAAAAUCGCUGCCAUUGCCGAAAAGCUGGACUUGAAGAAAAACGUGGUGCGCGUCUGGUUCUGCAAUCAACGCCAAAAACAAAAACGUAUAGUUAGUAGUGUAACACCAUCAAUGACGGGACACGGCUCCGCGGGAUUCGGAUACUGAUAGUCAUUUAUGACGGCAGCAGCAGCAGCAGCAGCAACAGCAGCAGCGGCGGCAGCAGCAGCGACGUCGACAGCGGC